AUGUCACCGCCUCCAAAACAUAUAACCCAGCCAACUGUGUACGAGAUGCCUUCUGAGCCUAUCAAGGAACGCAAGUCUUGUGUGGACCGAAUUUUAGAGAAAUACCGCCGCCAACCGUCCAACUCUUGUUCCAGACAAUUUUCAAGAUCGUUAAGCUGCAAUGCUUCUACUGAAACUGCGUCAUCGACUGAAAAUAACUUGUUGCUGCAAUCAACGAUGAUGGCGGAAUCUGGAGGUAACGAGGAAAAUCCAAAAAGUUCAGGGCCUCGUAGUGUUAGCCCAUAUGCACUUUUCGACCGUUCAGAUGUGACCUCUGCUACAACUACUGCUUCCCGCCAAGAUUUCAAGGCAAAUUCUGAGAACGGCCUCUUGUCUAAAUCGUAUUCGUUGAAGAGUUUGGGUGAAUACCGAACGCGAACUUCGAGCAGUAUACCGUUGUCUGUUGACCGUAGAUCGACACCAAAAUUUAAUAGUUCAAGCAUCAAUAACGAUGAAGACCCACCGUCGUCUUCAUCGUCAUCAUCCGCUACUACUGCUACCACUUCUUCCAAGAGCUUGGUCCCAAAAGAAGACAACAAUCAUUAUUAUCACCACGGUUCGCCGGCCUUACUGGACUGGACAAUAGGAAAUUGCAGUGAAGAGACGGUCAGCGAUCGUAUCAGGCGGCGCAGUUACUAUGUUAAACUCAAAUAG